UCGCAUCGUCUUCGCUAUCAACUGUCAUGCCUCACCCGCCGAUACAGGUCUUCCUCACUACCAUCGCUUCCCAACCCGCGCUCAGGCAGCGCCAAGAAUACAUCCUCCGGGUCUUGCAGGUCAAGAAGGUCCAGUUCACGUCCUACGAUCUCGCCUCGGAUGAGGAGGCCAAGAAGCUCUGGCGGCGAAAAGCACCACUAGACAAGCAACAGCUGCCUGGCCUUCUCAUCGGCGGAGAGUUUCCCGGGACCUUCCAGGACUUCGAGGACGCCGUAGAGUUCAACGAGCUCGACCAAUUCCUGCGCCUCAAGGAAGAAUGGGACCCCCUUGAGGAAGACCGGCCCAUCCUCCGCGCCGUCCCCGUCGGCAUCCCCGGCGCGUACUCCCCCGCACAGAUGAACCCCGAGCACAUCUCUCCCGCGCCAUCCCCGAUCAAGACGAAGGCCUCCCGCCGCGAAGGCGAAAGCGACGCUGGGGAGCUGCUCGGGGAUGCCAACCUGCACGGGGUGGACGUCACGGAGGACGACCUGGAGGCGCUCGUGAAGGAGCUCGGGCUGACUGGUGCGGACGCGGAGGACCUCGUCAAGGGCCUGUCUGGGGAGGACGCGAAGAAGGAUGCUACUCCUCCCCCUCCCCCUCCUGCUAAGCUGGAAAUCACUGCUCCCGUGGAGGAGGAAGCUCCUGCGCCACCUGCGAAGGAAGAGGAGCCUGCGGUUGAGAAGCCUCAGGGACCAGCGGGAGAGACUCCUGCCGCAGCGGACGUCGAGAAGGUCGAAGGAUCGAAACCAGAGGAGCCUGCGGCAAAGGAAGAAGCUCAGGCGACGGCCGAUCAAUCGACGGAGAUUGAAGAACCCGCGAAAGCUGGAGAAGUCAAGGCUGAUGAGCCCGCAAAGGCAGAGCCACCUGCUGAGACGAGCACUCCCCUUGCGGUUGAUGAGAAGGCGUAAGGAUCUCGCCGUAAAUUCAUCGUGUACUUUCAUUUGGUUUCUUGGAGAAGGAGACACUUCAGGGCUGUAUUCAUCAGUUACCCCGGAAUACCUUGCAAAUGAUCUUUCCAACUCG